CAGGGACACCAGCUAGUGGUAGUCGAAGCCGACGGGAACUACGUCGCACCGUUCACCGUAAACGACAUCGACAUUUACUCCGGCGAAACCUAUUCCCUUCUACUCAAAACCAACGCACUUCCAUCGAAGAAGUACUGGAUCUCCGUCGGCGUCCGUGGCCGAGAACCAAUAACACCUCAAGCACUCACCGUGUUAAAUUGCGUCAACGCCACCACCGACUCACGCCCGUCUCAUCCACCACCGGUGACUCCCACGUGGAACGACACAGAACGUAGCAAAAGCUUCUCUAAAAAAAUCGUCGCCGCUAAAGGAUACCCAAAACCACCGGAGAAAUCACACGACCAGCUCAUCCUCCUCAACACGCAAAACCUAUACGAAGACUACACGAAAUGGUCCAUCAACAACGUCUCGUUAACCGUACCGGCGACGCCGUACCUCGGUUCAAUCAGAUACGGUUUAACAUCUGCGUACGAUUUGAAAUCUCCGGCUAAGAAGUUCACGGUUGAUAACUACGAUAUCAUGAAACCGCCGGCGAAUCCUAACACCACGAAAGGUAGUGGGAUCUACAGUUUCCCGCUAGGUAUCGUCGUGGACGUGGUUUUACAAAACGCUAACGUUUUGAAAGGUGUGGUCAGUGAGAUACACCCGUGGCAUAUACACGGUCACGAUUUUUGGGUUUUGGGUUACGGAGAUGGGAAAUUUAAACCGGGGGUUGAUGAGAAGACGUAUAAUUUGAAGAACCCGCCGUUACGGAACACGGUGGUUUUGUAUCCGUAUGGAUGGACGGCGUUGAGGUUUGUAACGGAUAAUCCUGGGGUUUGGUUUUUUCAUUGUCAUAUCGAACCGCAUUUGCAUAUGGGUAUGGGUGUGGUUUUCGCGGAAGGAGUAGACCGGAUUGGUAAGAUGGAGAUACCGGAUGAGGCGCUCGGUUGUGGAUUAACCAGGAAAUGGCUCAUGAACCGGGGACGUCCUUAGAUGAACCGGUGCUCUUCUAAUAUAGUAUGGUAAAAUUGUCAUCUCUCAUGUGUGAGUGUGUUUUUCACUUGUGGGGGUUGUUAAUUUUUUUACUAUAUUGUUCUUGUUGCGGUGUUAGUAUUGUAACGAGGAUAUUUAAUAUAAUAACAAUAUCCCGUGCAGGUCAACAUUUUUUUAAAAAAAAUAUUUUGU